GUCAUCGGUGUGUACGCUACGUUGCUCACUAGUGUAUCAGGUUAUUUAUAUCAGUUCCCGAGUAAUAGUUGUAAUAAAAGUAUCCGUUACAUCGUCAUUCGGAAGGAAGGCCAUGUGGUGACCUCCAGACAUCUUUUUUUUCGCGUCUACUACCUUCGCUUUUAAAGUUAUACGGACCGGCUAGGGCCGUUACGUUGGGAAAUAUAUCUCUUCACUGAAAUACAUGGAUAUUCAAUUGUUUUUUUUUUUUUUUCCUUCUCGGAUACACUAGCUCCCCUACAACGCGACCCCCCAUUGUUAACGGAUCCAGUUCCCUCAACUGCCCCGGUACGCUUGCUUGAGAACUCCCAGGACAAAGGAACGAGACAGUUGGCGAGGAGCGGAUGAUCUAUUGAGGCCCUCGAAGGCGGGGCGGCAACCUUAAGGACACGUGGAGCCGCACCUGCCUCCCCCCCUCUAGGGCGAGCACCUGGGACCACGUGUCCCAUCGCUAUUUUAUUCGUGUCCUCGAGGAUAUAAUCCUUCUUUCGAUAUAAAUUUCCAAAGGGCUCGUAAAGUCCCCGAGACUUUAUUUCCUGGAAGUAGGUUUAUUGCGCUAUUCGGGGCAAGCCGCGUGGGCGGCUAUCGACGGGCCCUUGCACGUGCCGAAGGGCCGAUGACGUAGCGAACCGGGCAUGACGUCACCACCACCGUCACGGAUGACGUCGCGGAUCGAUGGAAGGGACCGUACUGCAGCCCACCCUACAGUCCCUAGCGCGUCACUCCGCCCUCCGCCGCGGCCGAGCGAACUGGUGUCUGACGUCGUCUGUUGGACGAUGAUGGGAGGAUAUGUUGUGGCUCACUGUUUACGGUGGCGCGAACUUGACACAGAUCUCGCUCGACCUGUCAAAGGACGCCUGAGGCCCUCAACCGUGGCAACAUCGGCCGCUUUCGCGGCUAUACUAGAGGGGCUUGGAGGUCUCGAGAUCUAUGAAUGGGCCUUCGAAAUCUAUUUGGGCCUAGCCAAGGUGAGCAUCGCGAAACCUCUUUGGCAGAGAGCUGCCUCUGAGGUCAUAGAUCAGUCUUUGUCAGGUGCCAACUUAUAUUUUUCCUCUCCUACCUCGGUGGAGGGGAUGAUUCUCUUUGCUGUAUUGUUUUCCUUAUCGGUUCACUUCCAGUGA